AUGUCAUCGAGCAAAAGUGGUGCCAAAGGUGGUGGCGAGUACACUCACGAAUUGUACUUUGAUCCUAGAGCCGAUCAAUCAGACACUGGUGGCUAUUGGAUUACAGAUGACCAACUUCGCCAAAAAUUGGCAAACUUAAUUGACACCGAAGAAAGGAUCCAAAAUGCCUCCGUCUACAGCAAUCCGCUUUCUUCGUGGCAAGCAACGAACGCACUGCUUUUUCACGCGUUCAUUAUAAUGGAAACGAACAAUUGGUGGUGGUCAAUCGAGAAAAACAGUGAAUGCAUCACGAUUCAACGCUCGAAGAAACUCGAGAGUGUUCGUGACAUGUACCAAAGGAAGAAACGGACGACUGGUUGGACUCCGUUGACAAAAAUCAGGAAGAAUGAAACAACUGCAGGCGACAAUACAACAAUCAAAGAACUCAUCAACUACAUUUGGAGGAAAGAUUAUUUAAAUGACGUUUACCAUCUUCUUGAUGAAAACUGCCAAAAAUUUGCUGCUAUGGUUUUUGAUCGCAUCAAAUCACCAUACAAUGAUCAAGUCUAUUUUGACGAAGCUGCCGAUCAACCCCGAUCUUCAGCAAAUAGUUGCUACAUGAGCGUGGACAAAGUGUUCAGCGAAGUGCAACGUUUAAGCGCUUCAGAGACUUUUACUCAAUUAGAGAUUUAUAAAGUGCCAAUAAGUUCAUGGAACAUCCCAGAUUUUUUUGUGCCAGACUUUUUGGCUUUCCUUUUUAGACAAAUACCUGAAUUAUCUUCAGUGCUAGGAUAUAUAAAAACAAAAAUAUAUGAUUCGCAUUCUCGCUUCGUGAUUUUUGAAACGGACGAGGGAACUUACUGGUCGUUUGAACGAUUACCGACUCGUUUCACCAUUCAGCGAGCCAGAAAUAAAGACAUCCUUUUGAAAGAAUGUCAACGGAAUUCACGCGACACUUUGCUCUCCAAAACAAAGUUGGAAAAGUCAGAUGUUGCCGUGAGGCAAAAUAUGAAUGCAGUAUUGGACUUUAUCUGGAAAAAGGACAACAUGGACAUAUUUUAUAUGCCCGCAGAAUAUUGUGGCACGAUAGCUUUGCGAAUCUACGAUCAAUUUAAAAGGAAAUAAUGUCUUUCUUUUAAGCACAACUAACACUAAUGCAAUAAAAUUUGCACUGUCCCAGAAAUUCUGUACGAACAACAGAGCUUUAAUACAAACUAUGAGCUGUA